AUGGCAUCACACCUCAUCAACUGGCUCGGGGCCUUAACAUUCCUACUUAGCUCUGUCAUCGCUUCCCCGCUGUCCAAGACUGGAAACUUGAAGGCUCGAGCAGAUACUUUUGCUAUCACAGGUGUUCAAGAUGGUGGAAUACAGCCACGUCUUGAGAUUCGAUCGCUUGCAGCUAAUCCAAUUCAAUGGAACUUGUUUUUGCUGGCUAUGGUAGAAUAUCAAGCAACAGAACAGAAUGACUUAUUGUCUUACUACCAAAUUGCAGGUAUUCAUGGUUUUCCAUUGGUUGCCUGGGACGGAGUUCAAGCUACAGCAUCAGGGAAUACCGGAUACUGUACUCAUGGAUCUAAUCUUUUUGGUCCUUGGCACAGACCAUAUCUUGCAGUUUUCGAGCAACAGCUCCAUGCCUGGGGGGUUAAAAUUGCUCAGCAGUUCAACGGUAGUGACUCAGAAGCCUAUUUACAGGCAUCUUCGACUCUCAGAGUGCCAUAUUGGGAUUGGGCAGCCAAUCCUGCUAACAAUGGGCCGAUUCUCGCAGAAGUCUUGAGCAACCCGACUGCUUCUGUCACGUAUCCUAACGGUAGUACGGCAACUAUUUCGAAUCCAUUAUUUUCUUAUAAUUUCCAUCCUUUGGUGCCAAGUGACUUUCGAAAUGGCUACCCGUACUCCGUAUAUGACACCACACUUCGUUGGCCAACAUCAGACACUGCUGCUGCUACAAGUCAAAAUGAUCAAGUAGAAUCACAAUUGGAAGCCAAUUUACGGAAUUUCAGAACUCAAAUCAUGACUUUGUUUGCAAAUUGGCAGCCCUAUAAUCAUUUCAGCAAUAAAGGAUCAGGCAGUUCUGGUUUUGGCAACAUUGAAUCCAUUCACGAUACCGUGCAUACAUUAACAGGAGGCCUCAUAUAUCCUGGUCACAUGUCCAUCGUUCCAGUAGCUGCAUUCGAUCCAAUCUUCUGGUUCCACCACGCAAAUGUUGAUAGACUUCUCGCCAUUUGGCAAGCUGUUUACCCAGAUUCCUAUGUCGAAACAGCACGACAAGGAGCAGCCACAUGGACUAUUUCACGAGGCUCCUAUCAAGACCAAAACUCUCCUUUAACUCCAUUCCACCAAGAUACAAACGGCAAGUUCUUCUCUCCAGCCGACGUUCGCAAUGUCGAAACUCUCGGCUAUUCCUACCCCGAAAUCAUCAAUCACCCCGACAACACCACUCUCCAACAAAACAUCCUCGCCUUGUACGCCGGCUCCCCAGCUUUCAAAAAGCGUCAAGCAGCUACUCCAUCACGUCCCCGCGACUGGAUCGUCAAGAUCGAUUUACCAUGGACCGCCCUCAACGGUACCUACAGCGUAGGAGUAUUCCUCGGAAAAACCCAAGCCUCCCCUCCAUCCUGGGCUAAAGACCCCUCUUUCGUCGGUAUGCACGCUACACUCGGAACGCAAAGCAUGACACCCAAUGAUGUAGUCGCAUCAAGUAACGUGCAUCUCACCGAUGCCCUUAUCCAAAAACACGACGAGGGAACUCUACCAGAUUUAAAUGAAGAUACGAUUGUUGAUUACCUGACCGCGAAUCUAGAAUGGAAGGCCCAGAAAGGCGGACAAGAAAUCGAUAUUAAAACGUUGCAAGGUGCAGUUGUCAAGGUGGAAUCAGUUGAGGUGGCGGCUCCGGCGGCUUUAGGUACUUUUGCGAAUUUUAAGUGGGUGGAUGUGUCACGUACUGUGGAUCAAGUGGUCAACAUUCAGAGAGCAGUAAAGGAGUUGCUAUGUUUAUCUUCACCAGUCUCUCCACUCAAUAAAAAUCCAACGAGAUAA